UCGUAGUUCGCGCACGCGCUGUGGGCUGGUGUGUCCGUUCACGGAAGCACCUGUGCUGUGUGCUGAGCUGAAUGUAAAGCUUAAAGAAAAGGAGCUUUAAUAAAGCAGCAUGCUCAGCUAUGUGGUGGUCGCGCUUUUAUCCGUGUCGCUGGCAGUGCUGCUCAUCCCUCCUGAUUGGUCAGCUAUGUUUGGCACUGAGUCAUCACAGGGGUCACCGGUCAGACUCCUGAGCAGGAGUGAGUUAGCGCUGCACGGUGGGGAGCAGGGCAGCAUGGGGCUAUACCUGGCCAUACUGGGCCAUGUUUUUGAUGUACACAAGGGAGAAAAGCACUAUGGACCUGGUGGCGCUUAUCACUUUAUGGCAGGCAAAGACGCCUCCCUGGCCUUCAUCACCGGAGACUUCACAGAGAGUGGGCUGACAGAUGACGUAUCGAGUCUGUCCCCCCUAGAGGUGGUUGCACUGUACGACUGGCUGGCCUUCUACCAGAGGGACUACCAACAUGUGGGUGUGUUAAUCGGUCGGUUCUAUAACGAGGCUGGAGCGCCCACAGAGGCCCUGUUGAGAGUACAAGCAUCACUAGCAGAGGGUAAGAAACUCCAGGCUCAGUCUGAGGCUGAGAGGAUUCGCUUCCCGUCUUGUAACUCAGAAUGGACCGCUGCCAGUGGGGGAAGAUUCUGGUGCUCCACUAAGAGCGGUGGCGUGGCGAGACACUGGGCAGGCGUGCCACGGAAGCUCUUCUCUCCCGGCUCCAGUGGCGUUCGUUGCGUCUGUGUUGAAGACCCGAUCGCGGCAGAGGAAGACCCCAACUUGCAGAAAUACGACGGCUGCCCUGCACAUGCCGAGUCAUGCUCUGUGGGAGCGCACUAGACCGGUCAGCCCCGAGAAUGGACCCACUCAUAGCUGCUGCUUAGCAGCACUGAACUCAAAACUUUGGCUAGUAUCUGAACUUUUUGACAAAGAGACGAAAUCAUGAAACCUCAAAGCAUUUUUUGAUGACCUUUAUGUAAAGUUGUCCUCCUUUUCCCUAAAAGAAUACACCAGGAAGAGACGAGCUAGAUAUCUGAGCAUACAGAUACAAUACAAUGUGCAUAAAAGAUUAAACAAUGUGCAUAAAAGAUUAACAGAGGCAAGAUUUAGGUUUGUCACAAUGACAAGCACAAACUGCAUUUAAGUACAAAACAGUUGUAGUGGUCAAAAAUAUCACACAUUUAUCUGUACAAUUUAACAAUACUUGAAGAGGCCCCACUACGUGGCCAUCCCUCUUACUCCACAUUCUCCCCCAUGAUCAGAAAUGUCACGUGAACUUGAUAAAGUGCACCUGUUAGGUUUAGAAAUCAAGAAGCGUUACAUGUGAUGGGGUCAAGACGACAACUUGACACGAGGCAACGUCGUGGGAUUAAGAUGAGGACCUCACAGUAGGCCCGACGUGGAAUGUAAUCAUCCGGUGGCUGAUUUUAAAAUUAUAACCAUGACUUAAAGGCUGCAAAUUAAAUGACAUGCAUAGGCAUACUAGGCAUUUCUGUAACUGAGAAGGGGGGGGGGUACUUCAUGUUUUGGAGAGGUUUCUAAUGCUCUCGUGAUUAAUGGGCUUUCUCCUGUCACGUUUCCAUUCAACUUGGCCGAGGUCUCCUCAUAAAGCUCAACUGGGGACAAAACACCACCGUAUUUUUCCAGUUGCACCAUCACGUCUGCAGUAAAGUAAGUUUAACAGAAAAGGUUUGAUUCACUUUGGACCGAGUCAAGUUGAGGUGCUUUCCCCUCGACCGCUCCUCGUCCUGUUUUACUCAGUUAACACAAAAUAGUGAAUAAAUGUUCAAAGAUUACAGAGAACGCAGCGAUCUUUAGAACAAAGGGCAUUUAACCGUUUGUUCUUGGUUGGCAGCAGCCUCAACUAUCACGUAUGUAGAGUUUUAUUUCGUAGCAGAUAUUUUUGUUGUGUUUGGACAGGUCGGCAUGUUUAAGGGAAGACCCCUUCUAAAGGUGGACUGAAAUGCCGCGUACAACCUGUUUGUGAUAUUAAAGAGCUCGUCAGCGCAAACAUCACUGAACAGUCCAGCCAUCGCCAAGCUGAAGAGCCACUGAUAUUCACGUCAACAUACUUUGAAACAGAAACAAAACAACAAUGUUUCACUUCCUACUUGCAACAUCCCUCUAAAAGAUUAAUAGUUUUUCAUAAACUGGAAUAGUAUAAAGAUGAUGGUCCACAACUGUCUGGGAUUCUCUCGUUAGCAUGUCCUGCUCCCAGUGUGCCUGAAUAAUUGUGCCAAGUUGGACCUGGCGCGGUUGGAGCCAGCGGUUGAAAGACAUCCAGGCCGGGGCAUUACGACACGCCGCCCAGAGUCAGCACAUCAAAGCAGAUGUCGCACACUCUCACCGGCUUGUUCAAGUCAAACUUGAUGAUGGGGAUCUCUUUUAUAGAGCACUUGUGGCACAGCAGACGCCCACAGUGGCGGCUGGAGGCAAGAAGGAAAGAGGAGAAUCGUACCGUUAGACCAAUACUGCAUCGACUGCAUGCCUACACAGAAAAGCUGCAGCACUAACCAGUGAUGUUUCCGUGUUGUAACUCCAAACUUGGCACCGCAUUCAUAGCAGUUGGAGCCAUCACACCAUGGGGGCUCUUUGGAAAGCAUAUCUGAGGAAAGGGAGGUGGAAAUUAUCCCAAAGAUCACCACGACACGCAGUUCCCUGCGAGGCUGUUGGUUUAUAAUACUGAAAUAAUACUGAUGGGUAAUUAGGUAUGAAAACGCUACCUAGAAGGCGGAAGAGCAACUGCUUGGUUGCAACCUGGUAGUUGAAAAUAUUGAUGCCCUGAUUAUUAGUGACUCCCAGGCGAGCGCCGGCCCUCACGAUAGCACGGCACAGGUUUGCGUUUCCUUUCAUGUAGGCCAGCAGCAGAACUGCAACAACACACAUGUCGCUGUCAUCCUUUCAGAAAAGCACCGGCGAUUUCCACAUUUUAGUUUUAUAACUUCAGCUACAGAAGCGAGCGUGGUACCUGUGUUCCCUUCAUUGUCAGGUUUGUCCAGAGGAUAUUCAGGCAUGCACUCCAGGAACAACUCAAAAAUGGCAGCAGCGUUUUCUUUGCCAUAGUGGCCCAGCACAUGCAUUGGUGACUGACCCCUAAACACACAAUGAGAUGAAAAGUCAGAAGAUUUUUUCUCACAUUAGUUUUAAUACAGUUCGUUCAUGUGUAUCUGCAUAAGUCACCUGAGAUUGAAAGCCUCAGCAUCGAUGUUGGACUCUGUGAGAAGGACUCUGACAUUGUUAAGGCGACCCUGCAUCACAGCCAGAUGCAGAGCUGACGAGACACAGAAAAGAACGCAGUUAUUCACAAACAGGUCGCAGUGGUGGAAUAGCAGGGCUCGCAAAAUC